AUGGACACGACCGAGCCCAAGCGGCCUCGACACGCGCCGGCCCCGGCGCCACGGACAAUCGCCGACAUGGCCCCGGAGAUCCUCCUCCGCCUCCCGCCAGACGACCCCGCGUACCUCGCUCGCGCCGCCCUCGUCUGCAAACCAUGGCGUCGCCUCCUCACCAGCAAGGCCUUCCUCGGCAGGUACCGCGCGUUCCAUCGAACACCUCCCAUGCUCGGCUUCGUCCUCAACCUGAAGGAGCACUCCGGCGGCAUGACCCGCUUCUUCCCGACAUCCACCUUCCGCCCCGCCGCCCCCGACCACCCCGGCACGAGCGUGCUCGACGCCCGCCAUGGCCGCGUGCUCCUUAAAACCGCUAUGGACGAGCUCCUCGUCGUCUGGGACCCUGUCACGGGCGAAGAGUGGAAGGUCCCCGAGGUGCCGGUCUUCGCGCUCGGCUUCAACGCGGCGGUGGUCUGCGCCGCUGCCGGCUGCGACCACCUCGACUGCCAUGGCGGCCCCUUCCGUGUCGCCUUCGUGGGCUCUGACGACCACGGUAUCACGUUCGCGUGCACCUACUCCUCCGAGGCCGGUGCGUGGAGCCAGCGAAUUGUGAUUCAGGAGCCGGCGUUCGUCAACGCUCGGCCUAGCGUUCUUGUGGGGAACACAGUCUACUUCACCUGCGAUCCGCACAUCAACUUCAAGAUCAUCGGGUACAACAUUGUCGCGCAGGAACUCACGGUGAUCUGGCCACCGUCCCAGCACGAGUACUACUCUUGCACUGUCAUCGUGAAAGCUGAGGAUGGCACACUGGGAUUCGCCGGCGUGCGGACGGAGAUCUGGGGUGGCCAGCUGGGGUGCGCCAGGCUAUACCUGUGGUCGAUGAAGACCAAUCCAGACGGAGGUAUGGAAUGGGUGCAGCGCAGAGUUAUACAGAACAAAACGAUGCUCCGCACUCGCGGCCUCUCGAAUCCACCUGAGGUCGUUGGCUUCGCCGAUGGCCCCGGUCUCAUUUUCGUGAGGGCAGGUAACACAGUGUUCUCCAUGGAGCUCAAGUCAGGCCAUGUCCGUAAGGUAUACAUCUGCAGGUCAAGAAACUAUGAAGUCAUUGUAGUUCCCUACAUGAGCUUCUACACUCCAGGUCAUGCUAUGGGCAGACUGCCAUCGCCAUGA